AAAGCCACCAACACUGCUUAUAAAACCAGCUCUUCUGCACGUUUCCUUCAUCUGCAAACGUCCCCAUUCUUUUGCUUUCAGCACUCGUUUCCGCGUUUCCAUCUCCGUUUCUGCAAUACGCAAGGCCCCUAAAGCGAAGCUUAGCAUGUCUCCCUCUCCGUCCACAUCUCCUUCUGCAUCCACAUCCAAGGCCAACCUGUCAUUGCUGACCGGUGGCGAAGACGCACGUCGUCUUUUAGCCAGCAUCGGAAAUCUGAUCUGCCCCCAACCGCGACCAAUACCCAACUCUUACUGGGCGACCAAGCUUCUGGUGGCAUGCGAGUACCCAUGGUCUCCUAAUGAGUUUGGUUGCCCCAAGCUCGAUGCUCUUCUGAAGGCUGGUACGAGGACCUUUAUUGACCUCACAGAGUGUGGAGAGUUGUCACCAUAUGUGGAGCAUGUGUUGUCGCGUGCCGCUGCGCUUGGCAUUGAUGUGCAGGAGAUAGAAUACCAUCGUUUUCCCAUCCGCGACCGGUCGCUUCCUGAAAGCGUCGACUAUAUGUACAAUAUUAUGGCCGUUUUGAGAGACAGCGAGGCCAGAGGACGCAUCAGUGCAGUGCAUUGUCGAGGGGGGAUCGGACGGACGGGGAUGGUCAUCGGAUGCUGGCUGGUGGAAAGCGGCCGGGCGAAAGAUGGGGAGGAAGCCUUGCAGAUCAUUGCCCGCGAAUGGCGUGGUGUUGCCAAGUGCGUGAUUUACCCCCAUAGCCCAGAGACUGGGCCGCAGUUCGAGUUUGUGCUCAACUUCCACCCGGAAAAAUCGCACGAACAACUGGCGUUCUGAUGCUGAGACCGUAGUGUCAUUUCAUGGACCUGCAGUGACAACUAGAUACCAUAAUCCUGUAUAAUUGUUGAUGUGGACACUUGCGCGAGUCGUACUCUGUAGCCCAUUUGUACAAGAUGUGAAUAGAUUUGGUCGGAUAUACGUGGAUGUAAUCACAUCUACAAUUCUUGUGCGGCCCAGCCGAA